UCUUAAUAAAACGCGUGGAGUUUAUAAUAUGUCUGCGCCACCGAUAUAUAAGGCCUGCUACUCAGGCGUACCCGUAUAUGAGUUCAAUUGCAAGAACGUAGCAGUCAUGAAGCGGCGGUCUGAUUCUUGGAUGAACGCUACCCAAAUACUCAAAGUUGCCAACUUCGACAAACCCCAGCGUACACGUAUUCUCGAGAGGGAAGUACAGAAAGGCACCCACGAGAAGGUACAAGGUGGCUACGGCAAAUAUCAAGGUACCUGGAUACCUAUGGAGAGAUCAGUCGAAUUGGCCCGACAAUAUCGUAUUGAAUUGCUCCUAGAUCCUAUCAUAAACUACCUCCCAGGCCCACAAUCCCCUCCGCUUGCUCCAAAACACGCGACUAACGUCGGUUCACGCGCACGCAAGUCAACAGCACCAGCAGCUCAAACCCUUCCUUCUACUAGCAAGGUAUUCCAUCCUCUAAGUUCCACGAAGCAUCCAGCGAAAUUGGCUGCAGCCACGAAUGCUAAGGCUGAGAUUUCGGACGGUGAAGAUGCCAGCAUUCCAUCCUCACCUUCCUUUAAAUCGAAUAGCUCGAGAACGCCCUCCCCUAUUAGGAUCAAUGCACGCAAAAGGAAGCUUGAGGAUGAAGCUACCAUCCCUUCAUCCGCCAUCGAUGGUUCAAUAAGCUACGAGGACAUUAUUUUGGAUUAUUUCAUUAGCGAGUCAACCCAAAUUCCAGCAUUAUUAAUACAUCCUCCAUCAGAUUUCAACCCAAAUAUGUCUAUCGAUGAUGAGGGCCACACCGCUAUGCAUUGGGCUUGCGCCAUGGGCAAAGUUAGAGUCGUCAAGUUAUUAUUAAGUGCUGGUGCUGACAUCUUCCGCGUUAAUCACUCCGAGCAAACGGCUUUAAUGAGAAGUGUAAUGUUUAGCAAUAAUUAUGAUAUACGCAAAUUCCCACAACUCUACGAGCUUCUUCAUAGAUCCACACUCAACCUCGACAAACAUGAUAGGACCGUCCUUCACCAUAUUGUUGACCUCGCAUUGACAAAAUCCAAAACACAUGCUGCAAGAUAUUAUAUGGAGUGUGUAUUAUCGAAACUCGCCAACUAUCCUGAUGAACUAGCGGAUGUAAUUAAUUUCCAAGAUGAUGAGGGCGAAUCUGCACUCACAUUGGCUGCUAGAGCACGCUCGAAGAGAUUGGUCAAGUUGCUUCUUGAGCAUGGCGCUGACUCGAAGCUUCCUAACAAAGAUGGUAAAACUGCAGAGGAUUAUAUACUAGAAGAUGAGAGGUUUAGACAAUCACCUUUGUUAAACUCAAACCACCUUAGACUGCAUCCACCAGACACUUCCAUUUAUGCACCACCUGCACAUCUUUUCAAUAGUGAAACGAGUCAAAAUAUCGCCAACACUUCGAUGUCAAGUGUAGCGAACCUCUUGGAGAGCUUGGCUCAGUCAUAUGACAAGGAGAUCACCCAGAAGGAGCGCGAUUAUCAACAAGCACAAGUUAUUUUGAGAAAUAUCAAAACAGACAUUGUCGAAGCGAAAAGCAAUAUCGAGAAGAUGACGAUCGAUAGCAGCGAAUUUGAGCAUCUUAAACACAAGUUGAGAGAAUUGGAAAUGAAACUCGAAGAACACUCAAAUGAUGUAUACAAUAAAGGUUGGGAGGAGUACAGCAGGAAUGUAGAUGAUCCAGCUAUAGAUGCCCCAUCUGACAACGUUCAAGAGGAAUGUGCUAGCCUUCGCAAUAAGAUCAAGGAUUUACAAGAAAAGCGGAUUUCAUCUAUGCAAGAACUCAUUAAACGACAAAAAGAGGUCGGUACUGGUAAAAAGAUGUCAGAGUAUCGCAAAUUAAUCAGCGUCGGCUGUGGUAUACCAACAACGGAGAUUGAUGCCGUUCUUGAGAUGCUCUUGGAGAGCUUAGAAAGUGAAAAUGCGAACAAGAAGGCUGCACUGGCGAGCGGAAUUUCUGGUGCUCUUAGUAGCACAUCGAGUGCACCAAGUCAAGCUACAACUUCGGCACCUACCGGGGUAGCCACGCCAGGUGCGCCUGUGCCAGCAUCAUCAGAAAAAGCAGGACUGUUACCACCAGCACCGGUAAUGCAAUAAUAUAACUAAUUUAAAUAUGUAUAAUUGUACAAUUUCUAACUAUUUCUUCUUUUGUACGACUUCGAAUCCAUCA